GAGCGUAAUACGACGUCGCACAAACGACGUUUCGCAUAAUACACCAUUAACUCUUACACUAAUCAACAGCGUCUUAUUCUUAAGAAAAACAACGACAACAAUGGGACUUCUUCUUCUUCUUCUCCUCAUCAUCCUCAUAAUUCCCAUUUCUCUCCUAACUUUCCUCGCCAUAAUUGUCCGUCCAAAACCCACAAAAAUCCCAUUAAAAUAUCGCCAUGUAUUCAUCACUGGCGGCUCCAGUGGCAUCGGCUUGGCUUUAGCCCACCAAGCCGCUCUAGAGGGAGCCCAAGUUUCAAUUCUUGCCCGGAAUCCUAGCAAGCUCCAAGAAGCCAAGGACUCGAUUAAGCUGGCAACUGGUAGAGACGUUGCCGUUUUCAGCGCUGAUGUUAGAGACUUCGAAGCUGUGGAUAAAGCUAUCAGGGAUGCCGGCCCAAUUGAUAUCCUGGUCUGCAACCAGGGCGUUUUUGUGCCUCAAGAGCUUGAAAAGGAGUCGUUGGAGGAAAUCAAGUUCAUGAUUGAUGUGAAUUUGAUGGGAACUUUUCAUUUGAUUAAGGCUGCUUUGCCCAAUAUGAAGAAUAGAGGUGAUAGGGGGCCCGGUUCCAUUGCCAUUAUGUCGUCUCAGGCUGGUCAGGUUGGCAUUUAUGGUUAUUCUGCCUAUUCUGCUAGUAAGUUUGGCCUUAGGGGUAUGGCCGAAGCCCUGCAACAGGAGCUUAUUGGUGAUGACAUUCAUGUCUCGCUUAUAUUUCCCCCGGACACUGAAACUCCUGGUUUUGCCGAAGAGAACAAAAGGAGGCCGCAGCUAACAAGUAUAAUAGCAGCUUCCUCUGGUGCAAUGAAGGCUGAAGAAGUUGCCGAGAAGGCAUUGAAAGGCAUUCAAUCUGGUAGCUUUAUUGUCCCUUGCAACUUUGAGGGAAUUUUACUAUCGAUUGCUACUGCUGGUCUUUCUCCACAGAGAUCAUUCCUGAUGGCAUUUAUUGAGGUGGUUGCUGCGAGUAUCUUACGCAUUGCAGCUCUGUGUUUCCAGUGGAAUUGGUAUGUAAGCAUCGAAAGAUGGCAUGCUCAAAAGAAGUUAUAAUCACUUUGUAGAACAGACUACCAAACAUAUUAGGUUUCCCUGGGAAUAUUUCAUUUGGUUUCUUGUCCCAUUUUUGGCCUGUAUUUGUGAGGUUUCUGAAUUUUAAGAGCCAUCUUAUUACUCGCGGUUGGCUAACUAUCAUGGUAGUCUCCGAUUUUUGUCAUAGUUGAAAUUACACUGCACUUCUAGUGGCUUGCUCUCUA